UAAAAACUGCAGCUUCUGAGUGAUUUUAUUACCCUGCGACAUUUAACGAAAAUUUCUUCUGUAUUUCUUUAAACUAGCUAUGUAGUGUUGAUAUUGAUAAUUUAGGAAAGCAGUGAAUGAUUUGAUUGUGCUUAUAUGUCCACAGUUACAAAAAGACCGUCUCAGCAGCCAUCGGGAAAGAAGAAGGAGAUCACGGGUCGUGGUGUUAAACAUGAACUUACAGAAGAUCAAAAACAAGAAAUCCGCGAAGCAUUUGACCUUUUUGACACUGAUAAGUCAGGAACAAUCGAUAUCAAAGAGUUGAAAGUUGCUAUGCGGGCCCUUGGUUUCGAACCAAAAAAAGAAGAAGUGAGAAAACUUUUGACAGAAUUCGAUUGCGACAACAAAGAUUCUAUUGAGUUCUCGGACUUUCUGAGAAUGAUGGCUGUAAAAAUGCAAGACAAAGAUGCAAAAGAAGAGAUGCUAAAAGCUUUCCGCCUUUUUGACGAUGAUGAAACAGGGAAAAUAUCGUUUAAAAACCUUAAGCGUGUGGCAAAAGAACUUGGCGAAAAUCUUACUGACGAGGAGUUGCAAGAAAUGAUUGAUGAGGCUGAUCGCGAUGGUGAUGGUGAAGUCAACGAACAAGAGUUUCUUCGGGUCAUGAAGAAAACUAAUCUAUAUUAAACCUUAUUGAUGUACAUAUAUUUCCUAAUAACUAUAAUUGUAAUUUAAACGGAUUACUUAAAUUUAUACUCCACAAUUACGUUAUAAAAUAAUACCUGCCCGAAAUG